AGGGAAGUUAGCAGCAGGGUGUCGAUGUGUAUCAGUUACAUGCCAGGCCGUAGCGCUGAUGGUUAGUGAUAAACUGUUGGGGAGGGCCGUCCCUUUAUUAUAUGGUCUCUGGUGUGAUGUGCAGCUCUAGAAUUCCACUGUCGACCAUGGCGACCAACACGAGCAGCAAGCGAAAGUUCAUCAUUGAUACAGAUGCAGGCAUUGACGAUGCUCAGGCGAUACUGAUGUGUCUCGCGGCGUCUGACGUCGAGGUCGUCGCUAUUACUGCAGUCGCGGGGAACACGUCGGCAACACAGGUGGUGAAGAACCUUCUCAGGCUUCUCAAGGCGGCCGGUAGGCCUGAUAUCCCCAUCUACAGAGGCUGUGAGGACAUGCUGCUUGGCUGGCAAAAACCUGACGACUGCAACUACCACGGCAAGGACGGGUUUGGAGACGUUCCUGACCCCGUCCCACCUAAUCCCGACCAGGUCCAGGCCAAACACGGGGUACAAGCACUGGUUGACAUCACCAAACAAUACCCAGGAGAAAUCACUCUGGUAGCUCUUGGGCCACUGACGAACAUUUCCAUGGCUAUCCGGAUGGACAAGCAGUUCGGAAGCAGAUUGAAAGACUGUUUCAUCAUGGGCGGUAAUUAUAGAGCCGAAGGCAACAUCACAGCGAGCGGGGAGUUCAACUUUUACAGUGACCCGGAGGCUGCCUACAUCGUGCUGAACUCCCUGGGAUGCCCCAUCACGUUGACCUGUUGGGAGCUCUGUCUAGACUGUUUCUUUCCCUGGUCCUUCUUUCCCUGGGAGGUGCAUGAAGAAUUGAGAAGCUUUACAUCUGUGAAAUGCGAGCUCUUGAAAACACUUGAACAUGCCAUAGUAACUCAAUGCAAGGAAGAAGGCCGGAAGUACGAGGUUGCAGACGAGAUGGCAAUGGCGUGCGCUCUUAAUGAUGACGUCAUCACAAAAAGUGAUGACGUGUACGCAACUGUGGAACUGCAUGGUAACAUGACCAGAGGUCAAAUGGUUGUUGAUUGGAGAAAAGUGCUGGCCAGGAAACCAAAUGUGAGACUUGUGCUUGAGAUGAACAAACCAAUAUUGAAGACGAUGCUGUUGAAAGCAUUUGAAGACUAGUUAUGAGUGAGGGAAACUACUGGAGAUAAAAUGUGUGAAGCCCAUUUCUGGUGUCCCCCGCCGUGAUAUAGCUGGAAUAUGGUUAAAAGCGGCGUAAUACUGAACUCACUCACUCACUACUGCAGAUAAUCGAGAUUCUUUCAAACCCGACGCCCACUUGAACGAAAACCAGUCGGGUUUGUUAAGAUUAUAAAUGUGUUAUAUACCAAGUCACGCUUAUAUUCAAACGCAUACAUGACUAUAUAUAUGUAUUAUUAAAACAGAAGCGUAUUCACUAGUUA